ACAGAGGCGAUGAUCACAAAAUCCUACUCCCGAACUCGCCGCUACGAUUUAGCACCAUGUUUUUGGUAUCGCCUAAAACCGUAGCGUUCUCUAUCUCCCUACUCAUCUCUGUCAUCGCCAAACGGGUUCCCGUACGGUUAAAUAAACUUGGAAAACAGUGUAAACUAACAUGGGAUGUGAUGGUGGCACUAUUCCCCGUAGGGAUGAACUUGUAAGAAUUAAGAAGAAACCUGAGCAGAAAGACAAGGAUGCAGAGUUGGCUUUUAGAUGGAAGCAUUGCUCCAUCAAACAGUUACCUCUUCAGUCACCAGUUGUUGCAUGUGGCUUAGGACGGCUUUACAGCAAAGAAUCUGUGCUAGAAGGUCUUCUUGAUCGAACCACAUUACCAGAAACUGCUACUCACAUUAAGAAUCUAAAAGAUGUUAAAGAUUUAAAUCUAACUCCAAACCCAGCAUAUGAUGGUACCAAAGCAGAGAAAGGAGAUGGCUAUGUGGAUAGUGGAAAGAGUCCAUACAUUUGUCCUGUUAUUGGAUUGGAAAUGAAUGGGAAAUACAAAUUUUGCUUUUUGUGGACUUGUGGCUGUGUUAUGAGUGAGCGUGCCCUUAAGGAAGUUAAGACAACGGUAUGCCACAAAUGUCAGAAGCUAUUUACACAAACUGAUGUUAUCAUAAUGAACGCUGAAGGUGAUGAUCUCACUUUAAUGGAGAAAAACAUAGUAUUGCGUAAGGCUGAAAAAAAAUCACGAAAGAAGCAAGCUACUGCUGAAGAACAAGUCAAAGAUGUUGCAACGGAAGUGCCUGAAAAGAAAAAAAUUAAGAAAGAGGAGAAAGCAGGACCCAGCAAAUCAGUGAAUAAAAGAAUCGAAGCACAAGACCCUGCAUACAAAAAAGCAAAGGAAGAUUACAGUGUAGCUAAGGAUCCCAAGGCUUCUGAAGUCUUCAAGAGUCUCUUUACUUCGCAUAAGUCUGCUUCAGAACAAACUAGAGCCCAUUGGAUCACGUACAAUCCCUUCUAUAAUUAACAAUUGCAGGAGAAAUAUUAAGUUCGCUAAUAUCCAUAAUGUAAUUUCUAUCGCUAUCCCUCAAAUAACCCACAAUUUAUGUAAAAGGAUAAUAUAGGAUGCAUCUGGAUAUUGAAUAUGUAAAUUAAGACAAUUGUUCAUUUCUUCAAAAAUAAUGCCUGUGUAAUAUUAGUACAAGCAUACGUAUAUGAUCUUCGUUUAUGUGUACUGAAGAUAUUACAAAUAAAGUUAUAUACAUUCUUCAUUUA